AGCAGCACACCUCCAGUAGUGAGAGAGUGAGUGAGUGAGAGAGCGGAGCGCAUCCUGAGUGCGCAUAAUCAGACAUAUGGAAUAUUUAUCACGGGCUUUGUUCUGACAAACAACCCAGGAGAGUGGACUGAAGGGAGAGGAGGACACUUCUUUAUUCUUAUUCUUCUUAUUAUUAUUAUUAUUAUUAUUUGACCAGGUGCGUUUUUGUUUGAACUCCUAAGUUGGACUCAGUGAGGACGGUUUGCUGAAUUUCAGAAUAUCAAGAUGGGAGGAAGAGGGUGGAACGGGCUGCUGGUGUUUACGUGCGCCUCCGUCCUGGUCUUGGCCGCUUUUACGCAAGGAAAAACGAUGAAAUAUCAGACGUUUGAGGAGGACGCGCCGGGGACAGUGAUUGGAAACUUAGCCAAGGACGUUUACUCUACUUCGCCCUUCUCGGGAGGCUCCAGGAACAGUUUCAAGAUGAUGAAACAGUUCAACUCCUCUUUCAUCCGACUCAGGGAGAGCGACGGGCAGCUGACGAUAGGCGAGAGGGUGGACAGGGAGCGGAUCUGCAAGCACACCCUGCACUGUCUCAUCGCCUUCGACGUGGUCAGCUUCUCCAAAGAGCAGUUCAAGCUCAUCCACGUCGAGGUGGAGGUCAGGGACAUCAACGACAACUCCCCCGAGUUCCCCCGAAAGGAGUCGAGUCUGGAGAUCUCCGAGAACACGGCGGUCGGCACCCGGAUCCCGCUGGACUUCGCAGUGGACGAGGACGUCGGGGUGAACUACAUCCAGAGCUACCAGAUCUCCGUCAACAGCCACUUUUCCAUCGACGUGCUCAGCAGGGCCGACGGGGUUAAAUAUGCGGAGCUGGUGCUCAUGAAGGAGCUGGACAGGGAGACGCAAGCCUCUUACGCGCUGGAGCUGGUCGCCAUGGACGGCGGCAACCCGUCCCGCAGCGGGACGACGCGCAUAAAUGUCAAGGUGAAAGACUACAACGACAACAGCCCGGUGUUCGACAGGAGCAGCUUCUCCGUGGACCUGCCCGAGGACGCGCCGGUGGGCUCCCUGCUGCUGGACCUGAACGCCGAGGACCCGGACGAAGGGCUGAACGGUGAGGUGGUGUACGGGUUCGGAAACCAGGUGCCUCCCGAGAUACGGCAACUCUUCAGGGUGGACAGGAAGACGGGGCGGCUCACUCUGGAGAGCCCCGUUGACUUUGAGAGCAAGAACACGUACGAGUUUGACGUCCAGGCCACCGACCUGGGUCCGAACCCGAGCCCGGCCAUUUGCAAAAUUGUAGUUCAGGUGCAGGACGUGAACGACAACGCGCCGGAGAUAUCCAUCACCCCGAUGACCUCUAUCACAGCGGGGAUAGCGUACAUCACAGAGGCUGCGGCCAGAGAGAGCUUCGUGGCUCUGGUCAGCACCUCGGACAGAGACUCUGGCGCAAACGGGCAGGUGCACUGCACGCUGUACGGACACGACCACUUCAGACUGCAGCAGGCGUACGAGGACAGCUUCAUGAUCGUGAGCACCAGCCCGCUGGACCGGGAGAAGAUCCCCGAAUAUAACUUAACGGUGGUGGCGGAGGAUCUAGGCUCCCCUCCUUUCAGGACCAUCUCGCAGUACACCAUCAGACUGACGGAUGAGAACGACAACGCGCCGGUGUUCAGCAAGCCCGUGUACGAAGUGGCGGUGGUGGAGAACAAUGCACCCGGUGCCUACAUCACCACGGUGGUGGCGCGGGACAUGGACAUGGGGUCAAACGGGAAGGUCACUUACAAACUAGCGGACACCUAUUUCAUGGGCUCCCCGAUCUCCACCUUCGUGUCUCUGGAUCCCGCCAGCGGCUCUCUUUACGCGCUCAGGAGCUUCAACUAUGAGGUGAUGAAGCAGCUGGAGCUCCGAAUUACAGCCAGCGACGGCGGCUCGCCGCCUCUGUCCGGCAGCGCCAGCGUCUACGUCCGGAUCAUCGACCAGAACGACAACGCGCCGCUCAUCUUGCAGCCGCCGCUCAACAACGGCUCGGCUGAGGUGCUUCUGCCCCGGGACGCGCCCACGGGCUACAUCGUGACCCGCGUGGAGGCGCGGGACGCCGACGAGGGCAUGAACUCAGAGCUGUCGUACGGGCUCGCCACCGGGGAGCCCUCCGUGUUUUCCGUCAAUAAAGUCACGGGGGAUAUCUACCUGAACCAGGUGCUCAGCCACGACGUGGACGAGACCCUGAGCGUGACCGUGACUGUGAGCGACAACGGGAGGCCCGCGCUCACCUCCACCGCCACGCUCCACUUCCUCAUCAUCGCGGGCUCCCCGCCGAGCGACAGGACGGUGUACCAGGCGGGCGGCGGGGAGGAGGCGCGCGCGCAGUGGGACCUGUCGGUGGUGAUCAUCGUCGUGCUCGCGGGAAGCUGCACGCUCCUGCUGCUCGCCAUCAUCCUCAUCGCGACCACCUGCAACCGGCGCCGGCGGGACAAAACCGGGGAGGACAGCGACUCCUACGGGGAGAAGGGCACGCUGGAGCGGGGCAGGGGCCACGCGGGGGACAACCCGCUUCUGCCCCUCCACGGAGCCGCGGGGGGAGGAGGAAGAGCGGGUGGAGAAGGAGGAGGAGCGGAGGUCUUUGACGGACACUCGUUCAGCAGCCAGCCCGGUGCUUUCACUCCGGCUCACCCCGGGGGCAGCGACAUGUGCUCGGCCUCUGAGGACGGCAGCGAGGUGCCCUGUGUGUAUGACUCAGACAACAACAGCAAAGUCCGAGGGAAUAAACACGAGGGCUACUCCACUCUGCCUGGCUAUGGGAACGGCAAAGAGGCGGUGAGGCCCAUCACCAUCUGGAAGGGCAACUCUUACACCACCAUCUCUGCCCGGGACCCCGCCUUCAGUGGAAAAGACAGUGGCAAGGGGGACAGCGACUUCAAUGACAGUGACAGUGACGUCAGCGGCGACACUGGCCUGAAGAAGGAUGGGGCCAUGGUUCCUCCCAUGGGGGGGCAAAACGCUCUGUGGGCAUGCACCAGCGAGUGUAAAGUCCUGGGCCACUCGGACCGAUGCUGGAGCCCCUCGGCCACCAGAGCCAACGCGGCCCCCUCUCCGGCCCCGACCCUCUCCUCCUUCAGCAGCCUGCCCAAGACGGCCUCGCUGCCCCGGGACCCCAACCGCAGGGACAACUACUACCAGGCCCACAUCCCCAAAACGGUGGGGCUGCAGAGCGUCUACGAGAAGGUCCUGCACAGCGAAUACGACUACGUCCUGGUCACCCCGCCCAGACCAGCGAGGGUGCAGGAGAUCAGCGAAGUCGCCAUCCCCGUUUACACCCCGACUCCGACGCACUGCCCCAACAACGACGUCUAGGGCGGAGCGCCGCACAAACUCUCGCACUCUCGAUGAAAUGCACAGACUUUCCAGAGUUUUAAUUUUUGAUGCUUCAAAGCUGAGAGAGAUGCGGCUGUAUUGCUGAGUGAGCUUACAGAAUCCUAUCCUGGCAUACAGAGCCGGUCCAAGAGUGAAUGGGGCCCUGAGCAGAAUUUGAUUUGGGGCCCUUGUCAGCUGCCAUCAUUCAAAUAAUCCCUUUUAUAAUCAAAAGUUAACGCAUCGUACAUAUAACAGAAAUUAUACUAUGAAAGCUCACCCUAACUUAGGGGAUUGUAUAGCAUAAACUGUAAAAACCAUAUAAAUACUAAAUGAUUUCAGAUAUGAUGUAUAAUGUGAUCACAAGUUUUAUUUUGCACAAUAAACUGCAGAUGUAUCACUUGUACAAGAAAACAACAACAAAAAAAUUAUCUAAAACUUGACUUGUGCAACAGUUGUAGAGCUCUUUGCUGCCCCCUGUUGGCUCUGGAGGCCCUGAGCAGCUACACAGUUUUCUGAUGCCUUGGGUCGGCUCUGCUGUUUCAUGUAUGUCUGUCUCUAUGCUGAGAGCCGCCUCUGAGGUCCAGUCAAUCACUUUGAGACAUUUGUUGGACAUGAAGUGUAUCAUAUGCAAGCCUUGUACAUGGAGAGAUUUUUAUUUUUCUAUAUAUGAAAAAAAGAGAAUUAAGCAAAAAAAAAAAAAAAUGUAGAUAUAUGUAAAUACAGAUCUUUAAGCAUGCCUAUUAUUUAAAAACGCCCUCAGAAAAUGUUCCAUUUGAGGGGCCGUUGACUCAAAACGUAUCAAGUUGAUAACCAUGUAUGGAAACCUUUGAAUGCAAUAAUUCAUUGUACAGAAUUUUUUUUUUUUAAAUCGUCACAAUACUAUGAAAAGAAAUAAACUUUGAGAUACUCUUGUGAACCCCCCGCGCGUUGGAGUUUGUUCCAAAGGAUGACGGAGCGUCAGUCAGACCAGUCGGCAGCGGGAGCCAACAGGCGUCGCUGUUAUUGCAGCAUGGCUGAGCCUGAGCGUCCUUGCAGCCCGCGGAGGAAGGUCACUUAAGGUUUUUUUGGGUUUUUUUCCCCCUCUGUGAAUACAUGAUUUUGCUGGUGAGAUGCCAAAAACAGACUGAGGCGCUUUUUAGCAACCCACCUCCUCCUGCCCCUCCGACUCCAACCAUUUCACACACAAGUCAGCCAAAACCCGCCUUAGUAAUCCUGCUCUUUAUCACCGACUUUCUUGCAUUUACAGUCGACACCGGAUGUUUACAUAAACCAAACAAAAAAAGACACGUGCACCUUUGUUUUCUCACCGUCUGAAGUUAAAUCGGAACCGACGUCUUGUGUUUUAGGUCAGUUAUAUGCCCAGUAUCACAAUAAUAAAAGAGGUUAUUAGAGAUUUAUGUGUCGGUGUCUUCAAAAUCAGACGUUUCCAUAAAUUUCCUCAUUACAGCUAAAAUAAAAGUGUUCAAUUCAACGUUUGAACUGCGUGACUUGGGUCAAAUCUUUUGCGUUUCCUUCCACAAGCUUCUCAGUAGUUUUUUGGAGUUCCCCCCUGACAGAACCAGUGUAACUGAGUCAGGUUAGUAAGGCUCCUUCCUCCCUGCCGUUUCAUAUCUAAUUUCUCUAUCGGACUGAGAUCAGGGCUUUUUGCGACGGCCACACCAAAAAAAACCAAAAAACCCAACUUUGUUGUCCGUAAGCCACUUUGCAACCAUUUUGGCUGCAUGUCAAGGGUCACUGUCCAUUUGUAAUACCCAUUUGGACCCAAGCUUUAACUUCCUGGAUGAUGUUGCCUUAAUGUUUUCACAUAAUAUUCUUUAAUAACGAUGCCAUCUAUUUUAGCCAACAUAACACGAUGCUUGUCAUCCCCAUACUGACCAGAUGGGGUGCUGUUCCCAGGUUUUCAUCUCCAAAUGUAACAACAGACCAAACGGUUCCACUUUAGUCUCGUCAGACCGCAGGUCUAUAAAAAUGAAUGUCUUUGUCCAUAUGUGGAUCUUCAAACCGCAAUUUGAUUCUUAUGUUUCUUUUUGGAGUAAUAGCUUCCUCCUUACUGAGCGGCAUAUUCAAACCUAACUGGACAUGUUUCGGUGCGAGUGACGACUCCGUCUUAUCAGCUCCGGCUGGCAUCUUCUCUAGGUUUUUGUUCUGGGUUCAGUUUUACUCAUUUUGGACCAAAUCACAUUAAUCUCUGGGACACAGAACCAUUUCUCCUUCCUGAGCGAUGUGAUGACAGGACAUUCACCGUGUUUACACUGACCAGAUGAACGCGACUCCUUCUGGAGUCUGGACAUUGUUCCCAAGGAAAAACCAGACCUGGGCAGCUCCACGGUUCUCUCUUCUGAUACAUUGGCCGAUUUCUUUCGACUUUCCCAUCAUGUCAGAAUAAGUUUGCUCACGAGAGAAGUCAUUCAAAAAUGCUGCCACGGCGUCACCUUCCCACCACUUCCUGUCGUCUUCUUCGUCUUUCAC